CCGGCACCCGCGGCAACGGCAGCGCGGGCUCCGCCGGCGGCGCCGGCACUCCGAGAGUUGCCUAUGCUUCAAAAUGAAAGUGAGGAAGAAGAAUCCCCAAAAAUAUUAAUUUAAACAGUAAUUAUUGGUUUUACUAAUUUCACUGACUGCUGGAAUAGUGGAAUUACUUGGUAACCUCUAACCUCCAUGAUGCAGUUGUGUUUAUUUCCUGCUGUCACGGAGAGGAACUGUUGGAAGAAUACUGUCUGUUCCUGAUGACUCGUUAUAUCAAUUUUGUGGAUUAUUGAUUGUCUGAUCUACUAACACUGGUGUUUGAGACAGACCAACGUCACCUCUGAUAAAGAAGAUACAUGAUUUAAUAUAAAUGAAGAAUGAUGCAAUAUUCUUUGUAUGUACAGCCUUAUAAGAAUCUUAUUUAAGGAGUUGCAGUAAGACAAACACUGAAAAGAACUUUUCCCUGGUACAAUGUGUUGAAGCAGAGGAACUGGAAUUGCCCACCUUUGUACAAGCUAAGAAAAUGUUUGCUAUUUUGUGAGUGGAAGCAGCUCUGGAGUGAAUUGAACUUCUGAAAAUGCGGCCAUGGACUGGUUCCUGGCGUUGGAUUAUGCUCAUCCUCUUUGCUUGGGGAACUUUACUCUUUUAUAUUGGUGGGCACCUGGUACGAGACAGCGAGCACCCAGAUCAUUCCAGUCGGGAAUUAUCCAAGAUCCUUGCUAAACUUGAACGGUUAAAGCAGCAGAAUGAGGACUUAAGGCGCAUGGCAGAAUCUCUCAGGAUACCAGAUGGUCCCGUUGAUCAGGGACCAGCUGCAGGAAAGGUACAUGCUUUAGAGGAGCAACUUCUAAAGGCCAAAGAACAGAUAGAAAACUAUAAGAAGCGGACCGGAGAUGUAGAAGGCCUUGGAAAAGACCAUGAAGUACUGAGAAGGAGGAUUGAAAAUGGGGCUAAGGAACUUUGGUUUUUCCUCCAGAGUGAACUGAAGAAGUUGAAAAAUCUAGAAGGAAAUGAACUGCAAACACGCAUUGAUGAAUUUCUGUCUGAUUUGGGUCAUCAGGAAAGGUCAAUAAUGACCGACUUGUACUACCUCAGUCAAACAGAUGGAGCUGGAGAUUGGAGGGAAAAAGAGGCCAAAGAUCUAACAGAUUUGGUACAGAGAAGAAUAACUUAUUUACAGAACCCGAAGGAUUGCAGCAAAGCUAAGAAACUUGUGUGUAACAUCAACAAAGGCUGUGGCUACGGCUGCCAGCUUCACCACGUGGUGUAUUGCUUCAUGAUCGCGUACGGCACCCAGCGCACGCUCAUCCUGGAGUCGCAGAACUGGCGCUACGCCACCGGCGGCUGGGAGACCGUGUUCCGGCCCGUCAGCGAGACCUGCACCGACAGAGCGGGCUCCACCACUGGCCACUGGUCAGGUGAGGCUAAUGAUAAGGAUGUUCAGGUGGUGGAACUUCCCAUUGUUGACAGCUUACACCCACGGCCACCCUAUUUGCCCUUGGCUGUCCCUGAAGACUUGGCUGAUAGACUAAUUCGUGUACAUGGGGAUCCUGCAGUGUGGUGGGUCUCACAGUUUGUGAAAUACUUGAUUCGUCCACAGCCUUGGCUAGAAAAAGAAAUAGAGGAAGCCACAAGGAAACUUGGUUUCAAACAUCCAGUGAUCGGUGUUCACGUCCGAAGGACAGACAAAGUAGGGACAGAGGCAGCAUUUCACCCCAUUGAAGAGUACAUGGUACACGUGGAGGAGCGCUUUGAGCUGCUUGCUCGCAGGAUGCAUGUUGAUAAAAAAAGAGUCUAUUUGGCUACAGAUGACCCUUCGUUGUUGCAAGAGGCAAAAUCCAAGUAUCCAAAUUAUGAAUUUAUCAGUGAUAACUCCAUAUCCUGGUCAGCAGGACUCCAUAACCGAUACACUGAAAACUCCCUAAGAGGUGUCAUUCUGGAUAUUCACUUUUUGUCUCAGGCAGACUUCCUGGUCUGUACAUUUUCAUCCCAGGUUUGUCGAGUUGCCUAUGAAAUUAUGCAGACAUUGCAUCCAGACGCUUCAGCGUAUUUCCAUUCUUUGGAUGAUAUCUACUACUUUGGGGGACAGAAUGCUCACAACCAGAUUGCUAUUUAUGCUCAUCAUCCACGAACUGCUGAUGAAAUUCCUAUGGAACCUGGAGAUAUAAUUGGAGUAGCUGGAAACCACUGGGAUGGUUAUUCAAAAGGCAUCAAUAGGAAAUUAGGAAGAACAGGCCUGUACCCAUCCUAUAAAGUUAAGGAGAAAAUUGAGACAGUCAAGUAUCCUACAUACCCAGAGGCUGACAAGUAGAUUAAAAGGAAGACAUUCAGAAGUUAUUAUAAUAAAACUCAAUUUUGAUUGGUUCAAACCAGUCAACAACACACUAACUAUUGGUUUCUAUGGGAUUCGAAUUUGCAUUUUAUCAUGCGGUUAGAAUCAAAGCCUUUGCAAUGAAACUGGAGAAGAAACUGAGAACAAGUGGAUGGGCUGUUGUCUGAACUUACUCUUAAACAUUUUUGUUAUAUGCACUCUCACACAUGCACACACAAUCCCACGUACAACAGGAAAACUGUUGUUUUAUACUUCUUGUCUCUUUUCAGGAGUUGUCCCAGUCAUUAGUCUUACGUGAGCUUUGGGCUCUUUCCUCCGCCAUUAAUUGACAAUAAUGUUCAGACUUACAACACUGCCACAUUGUGUAAUUUGAGUGACAUGAACAUAUUUUGUAUGUGCAAAAUUUGAAACAUGGUGCCUAUAUUUGAAAAGUUUGUGACCUUUUUAGAAGAGCCAUGCCUGUUUCACAAUGGGCAAGAGUUCACUUUCAUCUGGUGUUACCAUGACCACUGAACUUGCUUCAAACGACAGAUUCAGAUUUCAGACUAGAUUUCUUUACAAGUAUGGGGUUUUUUUAGCAUUCCAUUGAUUACUUCUCAUAAUUAAUAAAAUAAAGGUUACAUUCAACAA